GCCCAAAUGGCGCGUAAUCGGACUCGCCGAGUAUCUUAUUUUCCUCGUCGGCCACUUUGAUUUCAAUAACGGCGGCAGAAAUGAACUCUCUGUUCAUCUCCCUCCGCCGCAGCCUCCCCUUAAACCCUAGUCCUCACCACCACUUCCUUCUUCAUAAAUUCUUGUCAUCUCGCCGUUCAUGGCCUCCCAUACCCGUCGAGCCUCUCAUCCAACGGUUACAAUCACCACCCGCACCCGAUGUUACAUGUACUCCACCGCAUCAAACCACCGCCCCUGAUUUCUCACAGGCCGAUCUCUCCACUAUAUCGAAUCUUCUCGAAAAUCCAAAUGUAACUCCCGGUUCGAGUCUCGAGUCCGCUCUUGAUGAAACCGGAAUCGAACCGAGCAUUCAGUUGGUUCAGUCGCUGUUCGAUCGGUUAAGAUCAUCGCCGAUGCUUCUCCACUCGGUGUUCAAAUGGGCUGAGACGAAACCUGGCUUCACACCUUCUCCUCCACUGUUCGAUUCGGUUAUCAGUGCUCUGUGUAAAGCUCGAGAAUUUGAGAUUGCCUGGUCGUUGAUUUUUGAUCGGGUGAGAAGCGAUGGAGGAUCGGAUUUGGUUUCUGCAGAUACCUUUGUCGUUUUGAUCAGACGAUGGUGCAACAAGCUAUACGAGCUUUUGAAUUCGCUAGAAGCUAUGAUCCAGUUUCUAAAUCAGCUUCGGAACUUAAAUUGCUUGAAGUUUUGUUAGAUGGCCUUUGUAAAGAAGGACAUGUUAGAGAAGCAUCAAUGUAUCUGGAGAGAAGACGAAGGAUGGAUUCGAAUUGGGUUCCCUCUGUUCGAAUUUUCAACAUUCUAUUGAACGGAUGGUUCCGUUCAAGAAAACUGAAGCAGGCUGAGAAUCUAUGGGCAGAGAUGAAAGCGAUGAAUGUGAAGCCGACGGUUGUCACUUACGGCACUCUCGUAGAAGGGUACUGCAGGAUGCGUCGCGUUGAGAUUGCUAUGGAGGUUCUUGAAGAGAUGAAGAUGGCAGAGAUGGAGCUCAGUUACAUGGUCUUUAACCCCAUAAUCGAUGGUUUAGGAGAAGCGGGUCGGUUACAAGAAGCUCUAGGUAUGAUGGAGAGGUUCUUCGUCUGCGUAUCGGGUCCUACCAUAGUGACUUAUAAUUCACUGGUAAAGAAUUUCUGCAAGGCUGGAGAUUUAUCCGGUGCUAGCAAGAUACUCAAGAUGAUGAUGAACAGAGGCGUUGAUCCUACCCCGACUACGUACAACCACUUCUUCAAGUUUUUCUCGAAGCAUAACAAAACCGAGGAAGGCAUGAACUUAUACUUCAAGCUGAUUGAAGCUGGACAUAGCCCCGACCGGUUUACGUACCAUUUGAUCUUGAAAAUGCUGUGCGAGGAUGGGAAGCUGAGCCUUGCGAUGCAAGUGAACAAGGAGAUGAAUAAUAGAGGAAUCGAUCCGGACUUAUCAACGACCACGAUGCUGAUUCAUUUGCUCUGCAGGCUCGACAUGUUGGAAGAAGCGUUCCAAGAGUUUGAGAAGGCGGUGAGGAGAGGGAUUAUUCCACAGUACAUCACAUUCACGUUGAUCGAUAACGGGUUGAGAACGAAAGGGAUGAUCGAGAUGUCGAAGAUGUUAACCAGUGUAAUGUCGUCUCUUCCUCACUCGAAGAGACUAACAGAUACAUACAGGGAAGUAGUAGAUGCGCCGCCUGAUAGAGAUAGAAAGAAGUCUAUAUUGCAUAGAGCAGAAGCAAUGUCUGAUGUGCUGAAGGGUUGCAGAAACCCAAGAAAACUCGUGAAGAUGCGUGGAUCGUCCAGAAAAGGUGUUCGUGAAGACGAGAAGUUGAAAGAUGAUCUAAACGAAGGAGAUGGAGAUGCAGAUGCAGUCAGUACUAUACCACCUCAGUGUUAAAAUCCUUUGCAAGUUUGUAGUAAACGGUGGGUAUAAAUGGGCUUAUAACGGGCUUAUAAUGUAGACUUUGGGUUCCAUUUCAUCUAGAAUAGAACUUAAGACGACCCUUUUCAUCCAUUUAGAAGUAGACUUCAAGACCCAUUUACAUCUGAAAUAGACAUCAAAAUCAAACCAAUUUAGA